AUGCUUAUUUUCCAGGAUAUCGUCACCGGCGACCAACUCUUCUCUGAUGAAUUCGAUAUCAAGGAGGUUGGCAGUACUUACGAGAUUGAGUGCGCCAUGAUCCUGCCUGAAGACUUCGUUGUCGAUGCCACAAACUACCCCUCUGUAGAGGACGCCAUGGAAGACGUUAAGAGCGGUGUCUUUGACGUCAACAACGUUGUCCACUAUUUCGGUCUCGUGCGCCUCGACAAUAUCAGCAAGAAGGAGUACACCGACUACAUGAGGCGUUACUUCGCAAAGCUCAAGGCUAAAAUGGGUAUCACCGAGGAGGCUGAUGUCAAGGCUCUCGAGAUGGAGGUUUCCUCUGAGAUCAUGAAGGCCCGCGAUAGCUUCGAUGACUACUUUUUCUACACUGGAGCGUCCUGUGACGAUGGUGCUCUAUGCGCCUCGCCUGCCGCGAUGGAUCCACCCUGA